AUGCCUCGCUUCUGCUGAGCUCUUCUAUCUCUAUCUGUAGUCAUAUGACUCAUAUCUCUCUCUCUCUCUCUCUCUCUCUCUCUCUCUCUCUCUCAGGUUCAGAUAGUUGAACCUAAUGGGCAAGCAACGCGUUGCAAGAAAACAAGGUGAGGUGGAUAGAGAAUUCCUGUGAAUGAUUUUUAUGAGCAUGCAAGUUGCUUGAACUGGGAAGUCUUUACAUUGAUUUGAGGAUUUGUUGGACCUCGUCUAUUUCAGUUCUUUGGAGUUAUUCCAAACUGUAUAAUGUCACUCAUAUUGCCUUCAUCGCCUACAAUUCUCUCUUUCCAUACUCGCCGUUUGAAAAGCAGUUCUCCUUCCAACCUAAACUUCGCAUGUGCUCACCGCAAUACUCGACAAGGACUCUCUUCUUUUUGCAACAGUACCCAGAUAAUUUUGAAAAACAAACCUCCCAACACUUUAAGGUUUGUAGCCACAGAAUGUAUGAACUCCGAUGAUGUGUUCAUUGACAAUUGGUGGGACCCAAUGCAAGAAGAUGAUGAAGAUAAGGAGGGAUCACCAUGGGAAGGUGCAGUUGUGUAUCAGAGAAAUGCUUCAGUCUCACAUGUGGAGUACUGCACGACCUUAGAGAGACUGGGGCUAGCAAAAAUUUCAACUGAAGUUUCAAGAUCUCGGGCUUCUGUGAUGGGAUUACGAGUCACAAAAGCUGUGAAGGAUUUUCCACUUGGAACGCCUGUUCUAAUAUCAGUUGAUGUAACAAGGAAAAGGCAGAAAUUGAGGCUUGACGGGAUUGUACGGACAGUUAUCACCCUCUUAUGCAAUAGGUGUGCCGAGCCAACCGCAGAGACCAUAUUCCGUGAUUUCUCACUUUUACUAACCGAAGAACCAGUUGAAGAACCUGAGACUAUUGACAUGGGAGUGAUAUUUGAUGAAGACAUGUUCAGAACUUCUCGAAGUGGAGAAGUUGAAGAAUACUGUGAUGACGCUUCAAUUGAUUGGGAAGAUCGGCUCCAUUUUCCACCCGGAGAAAAAUCAAUUGACAUUUCAAAGCAUAUAAGAGACAUAUUGCAUCUAGAGAUAGUCAUCGAUGCAAUAUGUGAUCCCAAGUGUAAAGGUUUGUGUCUCAAAUGUGGUUGCAAUCUCAACACUAGUGCUUGUAAUUGUAGUCAGCAGAAGACGAGAGUGAAAGGUAAUCGACCUCUCAGAGGGUUGAGAGAGAGAAUGCAGCAAAAUGAAUUCUAGUUCAAGGCAGUUUGUCAAAACAUUGAGAAAUUUUGUUCUCUCUUGUUGCAACAUAACAUGAAGAAUGUGGCAUACUUUUUUUUUUACCCGUGCAUGAGUAUGCCGCUUGUUUGAACUGCUGUUUCUUAGCCCCUUCUGGAGCGAUAAAAAGUGUUGUAUGUUACUGGAGUCCAAUUUUUUCGGUAAA